GGGAGAGGAAUCGAACCUGGGUCCUUUGUUCGCCAAUGUAGCCGUUGGGCAAACAUUCGGAAUUUUUUACCCUAGAGAGCGAGCGAGCGAGCGCGGCUAUGGCGGCUCUCGCUGCGGCAAUGGUAGCUAUGGGAGAGAAGAAUGCGCUGACUCCACGGAGUGGCGAAAAGGCAGGAGGAAUAGGAAUUCUCUCCACUCCGGGGAAAUGUAGAUCCAAGGAGGAGAAGAUUUUUGUCACAGUCAGGGUGAGGCCGAUGAGUUCUCGGGAAAUCGCUCAGCGGGACACCGCAGAUUGGGAGUGUCCAGAUGAUCAUACUGUGUCUUAUAAGCAGCAGCCGGAUCGAUCUCCUUAUCCUGCGCGCUACUCUUUUGAUCGCGUUUUUGGGCCCGAAUCCUCCACGAAAGUUGUGUACGAAGAAGGGGCCAAGGAUGUAGCGCUCUCUGCUCUAAGCGGGAUAAAUUCGACCAUCUUUGCUUAUGGACAAACCAGUAGUGGAAAAACGUUUACGAUGAGGGGUGUGAUUGAGAAUGCUAUAGUCGACAUUUACGACGCUAUAGAAAAGAACCAUCAAAGAGAGUACAUUCUUAAGAUAGCCGGGCUGGAGAUCUACAACGAGGUUGUUCGUGAUCUUCUUAACCCAGAUACUGGAGCGUUGCGACUUCUAGACGAUCCUGAGCGGGGAACCAUCGUCGAGAAACUUACAGACACAAUUGUUCGUGACUGCAAGCAUUUACGGCAGGUCCUGUCUAUUUGUGAAGCUCAAAGACAAGUUGGGGAGACGAUGCUCAACGAUGCCAGCUCGAGAUCCCAUCAGAUUAUAAGGCUGACUGUGGAAAGUAUUCCUCGCGAAAAUGGAAACGGAAAUGGAACUGUCAAUAGCAUGGUUGCAACGCUGAAUUUUGUAGAUCUCGCAGGUAGUGAACGUGCGUCUCAAACACUCUCGGACGGAACUCGGUUGAAGGAAGGAUGCCAUAUCAAUCGUAGCUUGCUCACUUUAAGUACAGUCAUUCGGAAACUCAGUGGGAGCAAUCGAACUAAAAGUGGUCAUAUUCCUUAUCGGGAUUCGAAGCUGACCAGGAUUCUCCAAUUAUCUCUCGGCGGAAAUGCUCGCACAGCGAUCAUAUGCACGAUGAGUCCCGCGCGGGCCCAUGUUGAACAGUCGCGUAACACGCUUGCAUUCGCCACGCGCGCGAAGGAAGUUACAAAUAAUGCUCAUGUGAAUCUGGUUGUUUCGGACAAGGACCUUGUAAAACAGCUGCAGAAAGAAGUUGCAAGGCUUGAAGCUGAGCUGCGAAUUCCAGAGGCUGCAUUGUCUUCCGACGCUUUGCUACAUCAGAAGGAGCAGCAAAUUCAAAAGAUGGAAUCCGAAAUGAAGGAGCUCAUUCGUCAAAGGGAUGCUGCCAAGACACAGCUCAAUGAAGUUCUUGCAAAGAUGGGAGACGAGCAGAGAGAUCCAAAGGAGUUAUGCACUCCGACCAAAAAGCAGUUGCUGGUGGAUGAGCUAGGCUGCCCCUCGAAGGCUCCUUUCAUGCUUAUACAAGAAAUUCGAAAGCUAGAAAAGCUACAAGACGAGCUUGGAGAGGACGCAAGUAGAGCGCUGGAGGCCCUGCAGAAGGAAGUCGAAUGCCUGCGUCUGGCUCAGGUAGAUAUGAACCAGGAUGCGGUACAAACGAUCACGAAGCUCCAAGAAGAGAUCAAGAACCUGCACGUACAACACCGGAAGGACGAGAACGAGAUCGAGGUUCAAACCUCUGUCAGCACCGAUGUUUCGUCGCCAAAGCUAAAGACUCCAACCCGGAGAAGGAAGCUGCUACCUUCCACUAUGGGCAGCACCACCAGCAGUAGCAGACAGCUUUUUGCCAACAGUCCACCGUGCUCACCCAAGACAACCAGGAGCGCUCUCCAAGAGAACAACGAGAACAAUCCUCCUCGCUCCUCAGAGAACACGCCACCAUCCGGAGGACACCGGAGAAGCAACUCUGUGGACAUCCGGAAGAUGCAGAACAUGUUUAAAACUGCUGCCGAGGACAACAUCAAGAGCAUCCGGGCGUAUGUCACCGAGCUCAAAGAGCGGGUGGCCAAGCUACAAUAUCAAAAGCAGCUUCUCGUCUGCCAGGUACUGGAGCUGGAAUCCAACAACACUGGCGGAGAGAACGAGUAUGGAGAGAUGACUCCUUCCUUGCAUUCUCCCUCGGGAUGGAGGCUACAGUUCGAGAAGCAACGAAUGCAGAUCAUCGAGCUAUGGGACGUGUGCCAGGUCUCGAUCAUUCACAGGACACAGUUCUACUUGCUCUUCAGAGGAGACCCUGCCGACGCCAUGUACAUGGAGGUGGAGUUCCGGAGGCUCCUGUGGCUGCAAGAGCAGUUUGCCAAGAACGACCAGAAUCAGGGGCCGGGUGUGACUGACGAGGACAACAUUUCGUCCUACGCUGCGAGUGUCAAGGCGUUGCGACGAGAACGAGAGAUGCUCGCGAAGCGGAUGCGGCGGAUGCCACCCGAGAUGAAGGACGAGCUGCUGGUGAAAUGGGAGAUACCCCUCGAGUCCAAGCAGCGCAAGCUCCAGCUGAUCGAGAAGUUAUGGACGGAUGCUCGCGACAUGCAGCACAUCCAGGACAGCGCCGAGGUGGUGGCCAUGAUCGUGGGAUUUUGGGAGCCAGGCAGCGCCUCCAAGGAGAUGUUUGCCCUGAACUUCGCUCCGCCCUCCAGCCAAAAGCCGUUCCACUUCGGCUGGAAUUCGAUCUCCACAAUGCUAAACUUGUGAGGAAAGAAGAUUUUUGUAUAGAUAGAGGAGGAUUCUAGCCUAUUGUAUGUAAGACUUACUGCAAUAAGUUCACAUAUAAAAAUGUCUCCA